AUGGGGUUGAUCCGGAGCGUGCUGGAAGAGUUUCCUCGCGAUAGCCUCACCUAUUCCGAAUCGGGAGCAUAUCGUGCUGCACAAUCGGUGGCGGGUCCUGUGGCGAAAGCCAAGGCCGCAUCGACCGAAGCCACCUCCUUCGUUUCUCGGCACUCUUACCCAAAAGACCAGGAACCCACCCUGCUGGGCCACUUCGAGGGGGUGGCAAAUCGUUCCAACGUUGGCUCUCACCCAAGCAAGCACUUACAAGAGCUUACGGACGUCUCCCGGGAACUUUUUAAACCCCAGGCUGAUCUCGGAGAAUUCCUGGCACACGCCAAUGGGAUUGGAGGCUCGAAUUCCGAAUACUCCGCAAGGGCCCCUGAGCGACUAAGGGCGAACCCGUCAUUUCAGCGACGCCACACAACCUCCCUGCGCGACACGGACUCCCGAAGAACCUUCCCAAGCGCGAAGGCUUGCGCCGCACAUUCUCCAGCACAUCCUCAUUGGCCCUCCCGCGACCUGGCCACUUUCGUGAAUUUGAGGAUUCCCGGGAUCUUCACGGGUGCAGCCCGGGCUGGGGUUGCGUUGGAUUAG